GGCGGCACGUGAAGCCACUGGCCACAGGCGAGGGGACAGCGCGAGUCGUGCUGGUACCGACCGACCGACCGACCGAGCGAGCGACUAACGCCCCGGGAGCGAUGAAGGCCGCCCGGAUCGCCCUGCGCACCGCCGCCCCCCUGGCAGGGGCCAGCAGCGGCAGCAGCCGCGGCCAGUUGCCGCGGGAGGUGGAGCAGUUCUCCCGCUUCUCUCCCUCCCCGCUCUCCAUCAAGCAGUUGCUGGACUUCGGCUCAACUAAUGGGUGUGAGAGAACUUCUUUUGCAUUUUUGAGACAAGAACUUCCUGUGAGGUUUGCAAACAUACUGAAAGAAAUUGAUCUUCUUCCUGAUAAAUUACUAGGCACUCCAUCAGUACAAUUAGUAAAAAGCUGGUACAUCCAAAGCCUAAUGGAGCUGGUUGAGUUCCAUCAGAAAAGCCCAGAUGACCAAAAAGUCUUAUCUGACUUUAUAGAUACCCUAAUUAGAGUCCGAAACAGACAUCAUGAUGUGGUUCCUACAAUGGCACAAGGAGUAAUUGAAUACAAAGACACUUUUAAAGUAGAUCCUAUCACCAAUCAAAACAUUCAGUAUUUUUUGGAUCGUUUUUACAUGAGCCGUAUUUCUACCCGCAUGUUAAUGAACCAACAUACCCUUCUUUUUGAUGACAAAUCCAGAUCAGGGCACCCAAGGCACAUUGGAAGUAUUGAUCCUUGCUGUGAUGUUGUUGAAGUAGUGAAAGAUGCUUUUGAAAGUUCCAAGCUGUUGUGUGACCAGUAUUACUUAACAUCUCCAGAACUGAAACUUAAUCAAGUGAAUGGAAAACUUCCAGGAGAGCCAAUUAGCAUUGUAUAUGUUCCGUCCCAUCUUUUUCACAUGCUUUUUGAGCUUAUUAAGAAUUCAAUGAGGGCAACUGUUGAAUUCCAAGAAAACAGUCCUACCCUUUCUCCAAUUGAAGUGACAGUUGUUCUAGGACAAGAAGACCUGGCAAUCAAGAUCUCAGACAGAGGAGGUGGUGUUCCAGUGAGGAAAAUUGAGCAGCUGUUUAGCUACAUGUAUUCGACAGCACCAAGGCCAAGGAUGGACGAUGGUCGAAAUACCCCUCUUGCUGGCUUUGGGUAUGGCUUGCCAAUUUCUCGUCUGUAUGCUAAAUACUUUCAAGGAGAUCUAAAUCUCUACUCCAUAUGUGGUUAUGGAACAGAUGCUAUUAUCUACUUGAAGGCCCUAUCAACAGAAUCAAUAGAAAAACUCCCAGUUUUUAACAAAUCAGCUUUCAAGCAUUACCAAGCUACCUCAGAGGCAGAUGACUGGUGUGUCCCAAGUAAAGGCCCAAAGGAUGUAUCAAAGCGGAGUGCAGCCCUCUGAAGAGAAGUUGGUAUCCAGGCACCCAAGGGGAUCAAGCUGGCUUCUCAAAAAAGACUAGCAUUUGGAAGUAGUCACCUACCUCCAAAGAAUCAAUUCUUCAGUUUCAGGAUUGUCAGAAGAGAAAGAAAUUAAGGAUGUUAUAGCCUGGGCUGUAUGCACUGAAUGUGAAAUCUUGCUUCAGGAGGAGGAAAAUAGGAGCACAUAUGUCUUUAAAGAAGGGAUGUGUAGAGAGGAAAAUCAGACUGUUUCUUUUCUUGUGAUCAAAAACUUGAUGUGGUAGAGGUGUGCAAUAUUUGAGUCCUGUUUUAUGCUUGAAUUCUGAAUACUGAUAAAUGUCAGUUAUGCUGGUGUAUAUUAUUCUCCUAGAAUAGUUAUCAGCAGUUCAUCUUAUUACAGAACUUCUCAGGUAGAUAGAUAACACCUGUACUUUAAAGCUGUGUUUAUAACAUUUGGAAAAGCUCCACUUAACAUGGCGGUCUUGCAGGAAGAUGCGAACAGCAUUCAAAUACAGCCUGACUGGGAGGGAGGGAGCCCUGGGAGGUAGGGAGAAAGUGUUUUCCAUACAUAAGGAAGUCCAUUUUAAAGAAAACUAUACUCCAGUAAUAAUUCUUUCUUGAUACCUUGCCCUGUGAGUUAACAUUGCUUGUUUUAUUUUUUUUUAAUAUAUUAAGCUGUAGGUGGAAAAACUAGCCAAGUAACGCUCCUAUGCGUAAGGUGACUAAGAAGGAAACAGAUAUUUUAGAAAGCUACUGGAAAGAAAUGGAAAGCUAUUUGGUUAUAGCAGCUGUAAGGUUAGGCUACAUCCAGCCUACAUCCCUGCACUCCAGAAAGCAUGUGCCAAGUACGUAGGUCAUGAUUUUCCAAGAACUGAAGUAAGACAUGCAAGUUGAGCAAAAGAGCUUUGGUGAUCUGUAUUAUGUAAGCAGGAUGUGGGGAAGCAACCAUAUGUUUAAAACAUGGUCUUGUGGUUCCUCUUUGUCAUGCUGAUAGGUCAGUGGCUCAGUACACUAACCCAAAAUCUGCCUAUCAUCUUUACCAGAUUUGUAUUGGACCACAAUAACUCAAAGAGGUGCAUGGGCAUUUUGCACCUUGAAAGCUGUGAUGAGCACUGAAGGUCUAUUUGAAAGGUUUUUAGGAAGAGUGGUGUUGGAACUAGAAUUUUGCUCUAAGAACUGUUCAUUGCAAUGAGAAAGGCUUAGGAAAUGAAAAGUUUCAAAAUACGAACAGCACUGAAAACUAUAGAAAAACUUUUGUGAACAGCAAAAUAAUGGGGAACUGUCACAGGAACAGUGCCAGUGGGAGAGACCUAUUGGCUUCUUCCUUUCCCAUCUUCUUUGUGCGUUUGUCCCUGUGUAAGCAAGGUAAACUUAAUGACAGUAUAAAAGUUAAACUAUUGGACGUUGCCAAACUGGCCAGUCAAAGUUCAUCAGGGUUGUAUAGUAUGACUUGAAUUUUUUUUUUUACUAACUAGCAUAUUAUCUUAAGUGUAUAUGAUCCUUUGCAAGAAGUUGCAAGUACAGUAUUGAAAGCAUCCUUGCUCAGUCGUAUGACAGUUUUCUAAAACAGACUUGUAUUUGUUGGACAGAAAUCCACUCCAUACACUACUGUCAAUUUCAAGUUUGUUGGUGGUUUGUUUUUUUUUAAUAGGAAUGAGAGAAAGCUGGAACUACCUUUGUGUUCUAGAAGUCCUGUUGGGACAGAUUUCUCAGUCAGAAAUGAAGUAAUAUUCUGAUAUGCUUCACUUCUUUUAAAAACUAAAUUUAGAAGUGUUGGUGUUAACUACUGAGCAUAAUGACUUCAGUACUGCAUCAAGGCUGUUUUUUAUCCCAGUGAAUAAGCUGCAGACACCAAAGGUCACCAGAUCGCAUAUCUGAGCUCAGCUCAGUGAAUGAAAUGGGCAAAAAAAAAAAAAAAAAAAGAAAUAUCUUUGUCUAGAAUAUACAGGUGUGAAAAAGCUGCCUUCACUGCCAUAAUAUACUUGAAUAUUUGUUGAUUUUUGUAUAGAAUACAAGGUCACAAAAACAUACCUAGGUAGUCAUUGUUGUCAAGUCAACACUAAUUGUACUUCUCUGUCUGCACUUGGUAAUGCCUGAACGAGCUCAUGGCAUACUGUACAUCUGUAACACAGCUGCAGCUACUCCAGGUAGGAGCUGUAACUUCUGCCUCAAAGCAGCUGAAGCACAUGGGUGCUGUAAACAUGUCUGGAAUGUUGCUUGCAAAGAGAAGCUGCAGGACACAUUCACGAUGCAGACAGAGGGAUGGGAUGUAUAGCACUAAAGAAACCCACAUGGUAUAUCUGUAGUAUUAAAAAUUACUUAAGGGCUAGCUACCUAGAUAAUACAGUACCUUUUUUCAGCAUUUACUGAAUUUUUAUUCCUGAAAGUUCAGCUGUAGUUUUAAGCCUUUUACUUGGAUGUAGAUGUUGAAAUAAUUUUAUAAUAAAAUCUUCUAAAUAGUU